CGGGUUCGUUGSCWGYUUUUAGCAUUAUUAUAUGUGUUUUUGUAAUUUAUAUUUUAACUGUUGCUUUUGUUACUGUUGGUAGCGUGUGACGGUGUGUGUGGAUUUGGAUGCGGGAGUUUAGUUUUUCUGAUCGUUCAACGAUAAGCGACACAAUUAUUUUUUUUCUUAUUGCCAGAAUGCAUAAUGGCCAUUACAAAUAUACGCUGGUGCCACAAAUGUUUUUUGGGGAUGCCUUCUAUUGAAAUUCAGUUGAACAGUGCAGUUGCUUUUCAGAACCUGAAUCGAGUGGUAUAUCACGCUGUUCAAAGUGAUCUUGCAGUUAGGACUCGCCCAUCAUUUUUAUAAUUUAAAGAGUGCCAGUUUUCACAAUCUAAGCGAACGUAACAAAGGUCAACAGCAUAAAUAUUUUCAUUUUCCUCGAACGCAUUUUUCUGUUCAAAUUACUGGAAGAUAAAAUAAUAUAGUUAGAAAUGCGCUGUCCUCGAAAUGAGCUACGGGUGCUUAUUUACCCUUUAUUUGCGAGUUACUGUAUUAUUCUGGGAUGUGCUAUGCAAAUACCUCAGGAUGUUGAAAUACUUGAUGGAUUCGAGUUCGACGAUACCCCGGAGUAUUACCCGACUGAUUCAAACUACUAUGAGGCCAGAAGCUUGCUAUCUGGUUUCCAAAAAUCUAUUCGCAAUAAACGCUCAACAUUAGAAUAUGAUAAUGCUAAGGGGUUACCUCUGGCAAGUGUUUCGCCCCCAAAUGAUCUAUCAGAUUUUCCUCAGAGUAUCGGCACCCAGCAAAUAAAAGUUCAUGGAAAAGAGGAAAGGGGUAGGGAGGAUAAAUUGGAGUCUGACAUGCCACGGGCAGAGAAACAAAUAAUGGAUCYCGACUAUGACUACUAUUCUCAACGGCACAUAUCCACUUGGAAUGACGCAUAUGGAUCGUCAGCGGUCAGUAGUGCAUCGCGACCACCAACCGACAGAGAAGAUGUCAUGGCCGAUGCCAGUAACAGUUAUGCAACCCGAGGACGUCAAGCUCGUGUAAAUUUCAUUACACAACCCAAAAAGGACCUUACUGAUGGUGCAAAAGAGCUGACRGACCCACUUGUGCCCAAACUUCCAGUUGCAAAACCUCAUUACGAUAUGAAUUAUCCAAUAACUUCUCCGACCUAUAAUUAUGAAAUGUAUCCAUCACGUUCUUAUGCGCCAUAUUUACGUCGCUACGAUCGCUUUGACGAACAGUAUUCUCGUUACGACCCUUACAACUAYGAAGACCAUUAUUUACACCGUCGGCAUUACGAUCCCUAUGAUAGCUAUAGUCCCCGGAUACCACAAUACCCUGAACUAUACUAUAAUUAUCCAGAUCGGCGUUAUGACAUUCCUGAGCCAAGAGAAUAUGUUCCUGUCUACAAUAAUGAAAUCUACGAUAAGACUCCUUAUCCCGCAGUAAACUAUCCCUCCAGUAAUAGCUACGCAUCCACAAAGUAUCCGGAGUAUCCGCGACACCAACGCCGCAUAGUAUAUUACGCGCAUUUGCCAGAAAUUGUGCGCACACCUUACGACUAUUCUAACCGAUACGACCGCUACGAUGAUCUCAUGAAGGCGAACAAAGCUAUCACAGGAGCAUACAAAUUUGAAAAACCGUUGUCCGGGAACACAGGUGCUGCUACUCCAAAUGCGGAUUCCUAUGAUUACAUGAAGCGCGAUAAGAAGGAUCGACCAACACCAAAACCCAUCAAACARAACAGCAGCGGUCGACAGUAGGGAAGAAGUCGCUAAAAACUUCAGAAGCGAGAUCCCUUUGGACYUUUUCCAAAGCAAUAUCAAAUGUACUCAAAUCUUCGUUAGCACUUAAUUUUGACUUUAAAUGUAGCCCAUCAAACGAUUCUUUAUUACACAAAUACAUAUGUACAUUCGACCUUAAUUUUUUUACCUAAACACAUAUACUUGGUUUGCCCGACGAA